GACAACUAAAGCUUCAUUUAGCACUUCUGUAUCUUGUAUCCAGUGAUGCAUAGGAAAGCAUGUCAUUUUAAACUCAAAAACACGUGUCAGUGGGAGAAAAGUGACGACUACAGUAAAAGAAAAUAUUGCUGAUGAGAAAGAAAAAGUAUGUGUAAGCUUUGGGCAGGGACUUUUACAUAAUAAUAAUAACAUAUAUUAAGUGUGAUAACUUAUUAGUAAUCCAAUGAAUAGAGAUUUUAUGGUUGAUUUCAUUCAAGUGAGUCUUUACGAGAGCAUCAGUUCCAGUGAAAUCUUCAAAAGUUAAUGUAAAAUGACACUUACUGUUAAUGUUUGUAAAGAGUAGUAAGAGCUGAGGAGAAGGAAUGAGUGGCUAAAAUGGACAUUGAACUUACACUAUACUGUUUAUGCUUUCACAGUGUUGUAUAGUCUUCCUGAGCAUGUUUCCCUAUUCGCUGGAUGUAGUCACUACUGCAGAGUGACAACACGUCAGCCAUGUGCAUUGUACAAGAUAACAGUUGUAGAUGUGGACUUAACUUCAGUGAGAGGUCCUGUGAUUGAAAUGAAAGAGAAGAAGAGAAAAGAGAGUCUGUCCAAUGUGUUUGUGAGAUGGCACAGCAACAGGAAUGCUAAGAGAAUUGUGUGUUUGUCUGUAGGAAUCCUAUUGAACAAUAAAUAAAGAGGAGAUAAAAGCAAAAGCAAGAAUGACAUUACAAACAAUCACAUGCAUGACAAUUGAGACGAUGCUCGUCAAUCAUUAAACAAAAAUAUAGAUAAGGACUUUUCAAGUCAAAGUACUGACAUGUCAGUAGCUUAAAGUCUGUGUGAAGAAUUUGGUGUUUAGAGAUAAAUGCUGAUCUACUGCAGCAUUUUUUAUUUUACUUACUAGCAGAGCAGAUUAGAUAAACCUGCUCUGAAUGUUUUCUGCCCGUGUUCAGUACAAGAUUGGACUGUGACAUCUUGGGAACUGACAUUGCUGAAUGGUGCACAAAGCAUUAUUUGGACAUGCACAUUCAGAAAGCUGUGUGUGGGGAAAAAGGCUUUUUCUUCAGUUAAUUUUUACUCAAAUGAGAGACAGAUUAGUUUGUUUUGGAAAAGGAAGUAAACCUCUUAGAGUCUGAGAGUCUCUUUUAAAAUCAUGCAUUCUUUCUAGCUGAAAUCAAGCUUCUGGGCAUUUUGUGACAUCUAGUGGACACUGCUUUAGAUUACUUUGGACAGAGUUUCUCAGAGCUGCACAGCUGGUGCAGAACCCAUUGAGUCCAUUUCCUUGGUUACUGCAUGAACUUUGUUCAUGAAGGAAAUCAUUAAUUCAUGUCAUCCACAUAAUGGACCAAAAGUUAAUUUCUUCCUUUCCGUCACAGAUAGAAGAUAACGGCUAGUUUGGGUAAAGGUGGAUUAUAUAAUGUUGGUAUAAAUACUGUUCAGCAGGGAUGUUCUGCCUCACAGCAUCAUCAUCAGGCCUGCAUGAGCCAGCAUCUCUUGAGCAGUUUGUCUCUUUAUCUUUCCUUCCUCAUGCAGGUCCUAAAUUAAUUGUGGGGAAAAAAUAACAUUGCUUAACAUGGAGACUGCAGUGUUCAGCUGCUGGCUCCUUUUCCUGCUGUUCAGUCCAGCUGUUCCUAUGUGUUUACCCACUGACUUCACCCUGUAUGUGGAGAGGCCAGAGUGUGACUUCUGUGUGGCCAUCAACACUACCAUCUGCAUGGGAUUUUGCUACUCAAGGGACAGCAACAUGAGGGAUAUACUCGGCCCACGCUUCCUUAUCCAGAGAGGCUGCACUUACGACAAGGUGGAAUACCGCACGGCCAUACUGCCCGGCUGUCCCCUCGACGCCAACCCCAUGUUCACCUACCCGGUGGCUCUCAGCUGCCACUGCGGUGCCUGCAGGACUGACAGCGAUGAGUGCGCACACAGGGCCAGCGUGGACGGAACUAGGUGUACCAAACCAGUCAGACGUCUCUACCCUUACCCCGGCCAAACCAACUACAUGAUCCCUUUCUGAUUCAUCUGUUAUCAUUCUCAGCCUGUCUCUUUUUUUUUUUGUUCAGUUUGCAAAGCUGUAACUGCAUGAUCCAUGGAUGUUUUGAGAAGACACAUUAUCCUGUAGCGUGUGACGGACACAGUGAUAUAUGCACUGUCUGUGCUGUUACCUAUUGUACCAGUCUGUUUUAUUUUGCCUUUGUUGCCCAACCUGUCCGUGCUGCAGCUUCUCAGUUUACUAUAGGGGGUGGAAGGGGGGAUGAUCCUGGUCUUUGUUAUUGUCAGCUCCCUUAUUUAUCUUCCUGUACACUCAUGUCUGUGUGUGACUCCCGGACUUUACUCUGAAAGGGAUACUCUGAAUGGAACUCAAUUAAAGUGAUGUCUCUAAAUAGC